AUGAGCUCUCCAACAGAAGAGAUAGCUCAAAAAGCGGAAGAUGAUAUAUCGGCUGAACCUGAGAAACACUCUGCUGUAUCCUCAGCCGUUGACGAUGGCCCAUCUACGGCGCCCCCUGGGUCUAUACGACCCGGACCACCAGCUAGCGAGGCGGCUGCUGACCCGGAAUCGCUUCAACGGACAUCCAGCGGUCCAGCCUAUAGCACCUUUCCCAAGGCCACAAAGCGAUGGGUUAUUGGCAUGGCCGCCUUCGCCAGCUUCGUCUCGCCCAUGACCGCCAACAUCUACUUCCCCGCCCUCACACCCAUCGCCCACGACCUCGGUGUGACCGUCAACCUCAUCAACCUGACCCUGACAACCUACAUGAUCUUCCAAGCCAUAGCCCCGACCAUCGUGGGUGACUUUGGGGACAUGGCCGGCAGACGGCCUGCCUUUAUCUUGUCCUUUUUGGUCUACAUCUUCGCCAAUCUCGGCCUGGCCCUGCAGAAGAACUACGCGGCGUUGCUCGUCCUGCGGAUGCUCCAGAGCGCGGGCAGCAGUGGGACACUGUCGCUGAGCUAUGCCGUGGUGGCCGAUGUCGCCGUGAGUGCCGAACGGGGCAAAUACAUGGGCAUCGUUGGGGCGGGUAUCAAUGUUGGGCCAGCUCUGAGCCCAGUACUCGGCGGUAUCUUGGGCCAGUAUCUCGGCUGGAGGGCCAUCUUCUGGUUCUGUCUGAUCUAUACGGCCGUGUGGCUCAUCCCCUACAGUCUGGCCGUUCCGGAGACGUGUCGGAAAGUGGUGGGCAACGGAUCGAUCCCCGCGCGCGGCUGGAACAUGACUUUCGUCGACCUGCUCCUGUAUCGCCGACGCCGAGCACAGCGGGCCAACACCUGUUCAGAUCCCGCCACCACCACACCACCCAAACGUCAACUGCGCUUCCCCAACCCCAUCCACACCCUCAAGGUCGUCUUUGAGAAGCAGCUCGCCCUCCUCCUUUUCUACAACACCAUGAUCUACCUCGUCUUCAUCCUCAUCGCCGCGACCCUCUCAACUCAAGUAUCCGACAUCUACCACCUCACCGACCUACAAAUCGGGCUCUGCUACCUACCCUACGGCCUCGGGUGUUGUGCUGCUGCCCUCAGCCAGGGGUUCAUCCUCGACACCAACUACCGCCGCAUCGCGCGCAACAUCGGCUUCACCAUCGACUACAAGCGGGGCGACGACCUGCGGAAUUUCCCCAUCGAGCGUGCCCGGAUCAUGCCCAUCUACCCGCUGCUGUCGGUCGGCGUCGCUUCAGUCAUCGCCUACGGCUGGGUCCUGCAGGCCGAGACCAACCUGGCGGGCCCGUUGGUGUUGUUAUUUGUUGUCGGUCUCUGUGUCACGGGGUCCUUCUCUAUUCUUAACACGCUGCUUGUCGAUCUGUACCCGGAAGCCCCCGCGACGGCGGUGGCCGCGAAUAACCUCGUACGCUGUCUCUUUGGCGCCGUGUGUACCGCGUUCAUUGAGUAUAUGCUCAAGGCGCUGGGCCGGGGGUGGACGUACACGUUCUGGGCCUUGAUCCUGGUCGUCUUUUCGCCUGUUCUGUAUCUGCAGACUAUUUGGGGGCCUGCGUGGCGGGAAGAAAGGCGAGUGAAGAAGCUAGAAGAAAAAGAAAAGGAGGAGGCCGCCGCCGCCGCUGCUGCUGCUGGCGCGGUUGCGAUAUGA